AUGCGCGGGUCUCCUGUCCUUCUGUGCGAUUUCCCCGCAAAGAUGGAUCGCCGGGCCUCGCCCGCGCGCGGUGCGGUGCGGUGCGGUGCGGUGCCGAUUGGGUCGCGCCCAGCGCUGGCUGGCGCAGCUGGCGCAGCCGGCCCAGCUUGGUUCAGCUUGGUUCAGCGUGUUCAGCCAGCCGACCGAUCGCGAAUUUGCGUCGGCUCGGGCGUUAUCGAGGACAGCUAUUGGGGUCAGCUCAGCGGGUGUUGCUCGGGACCGACGGUCGGCUGGGGUGGGGUGGGAUACUGGAGUGGUGGGAUGGCGCGGGAUGGCGCGGGCGCCGUGCGCAAGUUUCCGCGACGGAAGGCGGAGAAGUGGCGGAGUACUGGCAGAGAGUUGCCAGUCGAUCGCGACGGGUCCGUUUACUGA